UCCGUGUGUUGGGAAGGGUUAGAGUCCCGCAUCCCGUCCUGCAUCCUCUUCCCGCCCCCUCGUCCCGCGCUGCCACGCCAGGACCUUUUCCUUAAGUAGAACUGAGGAAUGCCCAGAGUGGGGGACUCAGCGGGCGCCCACGUGACAGACAGCCCCUAGGGGUCCUGGGUUAGCAGGGAAUAUGGGCAUGCUCAGGGCAGGGCUGUGCCCGGGCCUCACCGAGGAGAUCGUCCAGCUUCUGAGGGGCCGAAAGAUCAAAACAGUGGCCGACCUGGCAGCUGCAGACUUGGAGGAGGUAGCGCAGAAGUGUAGUUUGUCGUACAAGGCCCUGGUUGCCCUGAGGAGGGUGUUGCUGGCGCAGUUCUCGGCUUUCCCCAUAAAUGGCGCAGAUCUCUAUGAAGAACUGAAGACUUCCACUGCCAUCCUGUCCACCGGCAUCGGAAGCCUGGACAAACUACUUGAUGCUGGCCUCUAUACUGGGGAGGUAACUGAAAUUGUGGGUGGCCCAGGGAGCGGCAAAACCCAGGUGUGUCUCUGUGUGGCUGCAAAUGUGGCCCACAGCCUGCAGCAGAACGUACUGUAUGUGGAUUCCAAUGGAGGAAUGACAGCGUCCCGCCUCCUCCAGCUACUACAGGCUAGAACCCAAGAUGAGGAGAAACAGGCAAGUGCUCUCCAGAGGAUACAGGUGGUGCAUUCAUUUGACAUCUUCCAGAUGCUAGGCAUGCUGCAGGACCUCCGGGGCACCAUGGCCCAGCAGGCGGCAGUUUCUUCAGGUACUGUGAAGGUUGUGAUUGUGGAUUCUGUCACUGCAGUUGUCGCCCCACUUCUGGGAGGUCAGCAGAGAGAAGGCCUGGCCUUGAUGAUGCAGCUGGCCCGAGAGCUCAAGAUCCUGGCCCGGGAGCUGGGUGUGGCAGUGGUGGUGACCAAUCACUUGACUCGAGACAGGGAUGGUAGAAGAUUCAAACCUGCCCUUGGACGCUCCUGGAGCUUUGUGCCCAGUACCCGGAUUCUCCUGGAUGUCAUAGAGGGGGCUGGAACAUUAGGCAGCAGCCAACGCACAGUAUGUCUGACCAAGUCUCCCCGCCAGCCAACGGGUCUGCAGGAGAUAAUAGACAUUGGGACUUUGGAGACUGAGGAGCAGAGCCCAGAACUGCCUGGCAAACAGACGUGACACUGUUGACUGGGAAAAGGACAGCCUCAAGGCCCUCACAGCUUUCCUUCCUGGGCAGCUGCUGUCCACUGCCACAUGGGACAUCAGAGGACAAACCUCAGUUCCCCCGGCUUCACUGUGUGGGAUCCCAUGGCACCAUUGGCCAGAAGAUGCUGCAGUAGGAGGGACCUAGAAGUCCAUCAGGGUCUCAAAUGUUUCCAGUAUGGGUUGAGGUCCACCUAGCUUGGGGCCUCACUGAAGAAACACAGUAGUACCUGCGUGAAUAGUUUCCCGGUCCUGUGUGUCACCAUUGGCUCCUAACCCAUCCCUCACACAAUAACUGAGCAGGAAGCCUUUGCUUCCCCAUCCCCCAUUUAUUUUGGCCUCUGUUUUCCCCAUCUGUGAGAUGGCACUUCCUUCGUCUGCAAGUUACUCAGUAGAAACAACCUCAGAAAUGUAAACGUCUUUAUGUAUGUCCUACUCUUAAAUAUAUAUAAACAAGGAGGCCCUCUGAGCCCUGGAGCCACCUGAUUUCCCCGCAAGAAGGUUGUUUUUCAGUUCGUGCAGUGGGACUCCCAGAGAAUGAGAGUGCUCCCUUCCCUGCUUGCUUACUGGGUUUCACACACCUGCAUACCUCACCCUGAUAGGUGAGAACAUAGCUCACUGCUGUCCCAGGGAUAUAAUUUACUAGGGAGGAAGGAUAUGACCUGCUCCCAGUGAACCAGACACUUGUUUCAUAUGCAUGGUGCCCUGUGGGGUGCUUCCUCAGUAUAGAGUAACCAGAGGUGCUGAACCGUGGCCUAACCCAUAAACAGACACAGGAGAAUUUGCACAGUAAAUAGAGCCAGCUGGGAAAAUUGAUGCCGGCGUAAAUAAUACAUGGCAAAUCUAGUCUUUUAUACAGAAAUUCAUUGCUGGUGGCGCUAAGAUGCAGUAUAAUUACACCUCUCGUCCUGCCAGCUGUACCACAGCCUCGUGUCUUAGUGAAUAAAAUAACCCCCUGUCUGUUACCAAUACUGUGGCCAUCCAUCUGAGAGUCGUAACUCUGGCUGAAAGGGGAGGAUGGUACCAGGAAAUGGAAAAUAAAAGGCAGAGAGAAAUGAUCUGGAUUGUUUAUGGACCACAGUUUUUAUAGGAAGGUCAUGCUUGGUUAGAGAGCCUGUUGUAUAAUUACUUGUGUCUUAGCUGAAGGAAAGAGGGAACACAGUUACAAGAUCUGAUAUUUAGGCCCAGUGAGAUGCCUCAGCAAAUAAAGAUGCUUGCCGCCAAGCCUGACAACCCGAGUUCAAUCCCUGGCUGGGUCCUCCAUAAUGGAAAGAGAGAUGUGACUCUUGCAAGUUGUCCUCUGACUUCCAUACAUCCUGUGACCUAUCUAUACCCCCUCACACCUGAUAAUAAAACCGUAGCAAUUAAAAAAUAAAAUAAGAUGUUUACAGCUGA